AGAGGAUGAUGCAGAGGAUGAAUAUGUAAUAAGAAUGUGAGGUUUGCAAGAAAAUAGAAGGUUUUAAAGAGAUAAAAAACCUGAAAUAUGGCUGAGGGCAAACAGUUAAAGAUUGGAACUCGUGUGGAGGUUAUUGGGAAAGGAGUCAUUGGGACAGUAGCCUAUAUUGGAUCAACCCUCUUCUCAAGUGGUAAAUGGAUCGGUGUUAUCCUUGAUGAUGCCAAGGGGAAGAACAAUGGUGUGGUACAGGGCAAAACUUACUUCACCUGUGAAGACAAUCAUGGAAUCUUUGUUCGUCAGUCUCAGAUUGUAGCUUUGGAUGAUAAGCAACCUAGUCCUGGUGUGGCCACUCCUGCUCCUACACCUACUCCAACACCAAAGCCAGCUUCAGGGAUCCCUGGUCCGAAGACGACAAAGCGGUCAGGUCUACGGCCACCAAGCUAUGUAGGGAAAAGUAGUGAAAAUCUGGUAGAUGUGGCCGCAACCCCGAAGAGGGCACCAAGUGUACCUUCUGACCUGUCAAAGAUUACUGCUACUCCUCUACCAACACCAGCCAAGGACAGCAGUAUUCCUUCUGGAUUAUCAAAGAUUGGUCGAGGUCCUAGUAAGGAAGCCACACCUCCUCCACCAGUACCUUCAGAGAUAAAACCACCUCCCAAAGAGUCAACACCCAAACUGCCGACCACCAAGACUACGCCGACUACUCCAGCAGAUGUGAGUAUGACUUCCCUGGAGGACAAGAUGACCAACUUACAGCAGUCUCAGGAAAUUGAGGGACUGACUGCUGAAAUUAAAGACCUCAACGAAAAAUUAGAAACUCUCAAAAUAAAACGUAGUGAAGACAAAGGCAAAUUAAAAGAAUUUGAGAGGGCCAAAUUACAAAUGCAGCAGUUACAAGAGUACAAGAGUAAAAUCCAGGAGACUAACAAGGAACUACAACAGCAAUUAGCAAAUGCUAAGAGGGAAGCACGAGACAUCCAGGAUGCUUUCGACCAGUAUAAGGAUGAAAUGUCAGACCUAGCAGAAUCCAUGGAAUUGGCAACACUGGACAAGGAAAUGGCAGAGGAAAAGAGUGAGUCAUUACAACAAGAAUUGGACAGUCUGAAGGAGAAGAAUGAAGAACUGUCUCUAGAUCUGGAGAUCCUGAGAAGUGAGAUUAGUGAGAAAGGUACAGAGGGACUGGCCUCAAACUAUCAGGUGAAGCAGUUAGAGCAGCAGAAUGAACGCUUGAAGGAUGCUCUCGUCAAGAUGCGUGAUCUAUCAACAAGUGAUAAACAGGAGGCAGUGAAGAACCAGAAGUUAAAUGAGAAGUUGACCAAUGAUAUAGUAACACUGAAACGAGAUAAGGAGAAACUUCAGCAAGAAGUCAAUGAUCUGCAGACCCAGGUCAUAGAGCUAAAGGAACAGGUGGAUGCUGCUCUCGGUGCAGAAGAGAUGGUUGAAUCUUUAGCAGAGAAAAAUCUUCAGCUGGAGGAGUUGAUACAUGAACUAGAGGAAGAAAAAGCAGAUCUGGAAGCCCUUCAUGAGAUGAAUGAGGAACUACAGGAGAACACUAGAGAGUCUGAAUUAGAGCUACGUGAGGAGCUGGACCUGGCUAAUGGACGAGCUACUGAGGUGCAGAGAAAGCUGGAUGCCACACAAGAAACAAUAGCAGAUUAUGAGGCUACCAUUUCAAAGUUUCGAGAGCUUGUGUCUAGUCUACAGGACACCAUCAGGGACAUGAGGAGCCGUCAAGUGGAAUCGGAGCAGAAGACGGAAACACCAACCAUGGAAGUGUUUGAUUUUAAAACCAAGUUUGCAGAGUCAAAGGCUUAUGCUAAGACUAUUGACAUGGAGCUGCGGAAGUUAGAGGUACAACAGGCUACAUACCAGGUGUCACUGCUGCAAUCCUUUAUGCCCAACUCCUUCAGCAACAGGGGAGGUGACCAGGAUGCCGUAGGUGUGCUGCUCAUGAUUCCCAGGAUCAUCAGUAAAUGUGACCUGUUGGCCUCUCAGGUCAAGGAUAAGUUUGAGAUGGUGGAGAACAUUAAUCGCGAGACUGUUUUGAAGAGUCACAAGGCCCAGCAGUGUAGCUACGCUCUACAGAUGGUGCUCAUGCUUAAUACUCUCACCUCCAUCAUGAAACAGUAUGAAUAUGCUAUGAGGACCUGUAGUGUAGAGCUCUUCCUAAAGAUCGGGACGUUGCUGCCAGAGAUGAACGCCCAUGAGAAGUCAGUUGAUUACUUUAUAGAGCUGCUGAGGAAAGAUCAGCUUGAUGAGAACAUCUCGUUAGAUCUUCUGGAGAAAUCCAUUAGCUACUUUCAGCAACUACAUGCUGUACACUUAGUAACAGAAAAGGUUGACUGUACCUCUCUGAUGGCCAAUGAGACCAAACUUGUCCUUAGUGCUUGUGACUGUAUCAGCACCGACAUUGCUCGCCUGAAAGUUCUUCUACAGCCCGGACAGGAACAGACUCAGAUCUCUAUACUGCUGAAAGACUUGGAAAAUUGUAACAGCGACACUCGUAUGUGUGCAAGGAAGGUGAAGCGGCGACUACCACAGGGAGACGGAGCUGCUAUGCCGCUGACAUUCAGUAAAGAGAUAAAGUCUUUGCUGGGAGAUUGUAGUAAAAACAUCACUUGUGUGGCCAAGACUCUCCAGCAGACAGCUUCAGGUGCGAUGCAGCAGGCUGCUCUUCUCACUGGUGGGCGAAUGGAUUUGGAAAACUUCAAGGAUGCUGAGGGUUUGAUGCCAAAGAAGAUGGAGGAGAUUGCAUAUGAGGCUUCAGACAAAGUCUAUGGAAAGGAUGAUAAUGGGCCCUACGAGUGCACAAAGAUAUCAUUUGGUCAGGUGGUUGGUACUAUGAACAAGAUUGCCAAUGCCAUGGAAAAUGGAGAAUAUGACUUCGACGGAACAAGAGACAAACAGCCCCCACAGCCAGUGGUGACUCGUGCCAACACUGUCAGGUCUCAGAUUGCUGACAUAGAGACAAUGAAAUUCAAGCUGGAGAGCAAGGAAGAUGACAUCAAGGAACUUAAGAAGCUCAUCAAGAUGAAGCAAGAGGAAUUCAGUGAACAGCAGGUGAGAAUGAACCUGGUGGAGAAAAAGUUGGACAAUGCUACAAGGGACGGUGACGAACGCGUAGAGAAAAUGCAGCGCAAGCUAGAUGAAGUCCAAUUACAAAUGAAGAAAAAGGAAAAGGAGUUUGAGGAAACUAUGGAUACUUUGCAGUCAGACAUUGAUACACUCGAACAGGAGAAGUUAGAAUUGAAGGAGAGACUGAAGAUACUGUCAAAGAAAACUUUACUGGAGGGCAUAUCUCGACAGGCGGGCCAGACUGCUGUGGUAUUGAACAGGGAAUGCAACCAGGAACAAAAAAUAAAACCAUUUGAAGAUCAUCGUAUACAAUGGUUAAUUUGAUUUUAAAACCUUCUAUACUGACCUGUUGAAUUGCCAGAGCUUUGGCAAUUUGCUAUCAGUCAUUACUGUUUGGGAUUGGUUGUUAAGAGAUACAGAUUAAUGUGAACAACUUUUUAAAGCUUUGACCGCAAAGCUUUGUACUCCAACCAAAAGUGUAUAUUAAGUAUACCUGAUUUUAAGCUUAUGUUGUUGCACAUCACUUGUUGUCUGUCUUGUUAAAUUUUCCCUUAAGACGGCUAGUCUGGAACAUUAAUACUUCAAAUUGAAUUUUUCCUAAACAUUUAAGUGAACCUCACAACAAGUCCAUUCUCCACCAUAUGAUUUAUAUUUCACUUCAGAGAUUUUAAAAUCGUGCUAUUAUUGAAAAAUUUGAAGUCAUGUCAUGACGUCCAUAAUUACAUGUACAUGAUGUUAGUUAUGUCCCUGAUGAUGCUUUGUCUAGCAACAUAUUGGUAGCCAGCCCGAUGUAGAGGUGAUUGAGGCAUGCUUUUCCAGCUGAUGGAAGUUUGACUGAAGAAAUAUAGAUACUGGUUGUGAAGUAUUUGCUUUGUGACAUUAAUUCAUUUUGACAAUAAUUUUUAAUCCUUGCUUUUCCUUGCAGCUUUCCAGCUGAUAUAUCAAUUUUAUUUAUCUCUGUGCAUGAUGGUAUGAUUUUUUGUGACCAUGUAAAUCAUGUUUAUGUUGUCUGACCCAUGACACACACCAUAUAUUCUCUGUCUGAUGAAGGUGACAGAUCUUUGUCACCAAAGCACCACCAACUUCUAACUGCUUGUGUUCUAAUAAAUUAUCAUUAAGGUAAAUAGAAGAAGAAAAUGUUUAAUGAUACUUAUAAUAACAUUUUGUGUGGUCGCUGAUAAUCUGUCACAGGUCAUGUGUCACUGGUCAUGUGUCACUGGUCAUGUGUCACAGGUAAUGUGUCACAGGUUUAAUGUCACAGGUCAUGUCAUCUUUUCUGAAAGGAUAAAUGAAGUGUACCUGAUGGUUGUUGAUAGAACCUGGUACGCUACUGUAGUGUCAAACUGCAGUGACAUAUUAGCGAUGCGGAUUUGGCUAGUAAUUCAAAAUUAUGAUGUUUCAAACCCUGCAUGCUUGUUAUUGAUAAAACCCUUUAAUUUGUUGUAAUUAUCAUAUAAACAUGUAUAAUCAUGUUUUUGUGAUAACAUCCGUUAAACUUCAAGUCUAUGAAAAUUUAUAGCUUAUCAUCUGGAUAAAGAACAACAAUGGUUUUACAUGUAGAUAGUGGAAGCUUCAUAUGUUAUACUGGGCAAAGUACAAUCUUCCAUAUAUACAUUACACCUUAUUAACUAAAUAUCAAGAGAUGGCCAUCUUUUUGCAUGGCUAGAUGCUUUAUCAUAGUGCUUGUUCAGUAAACCUUAAUGAUAGCUGUAAAUAUAAGGGAACAGACUACUACAGAUGUUUCCUACCCCUGUUGAUUAUAGAGUAAUUUAGCUAAGAAUUUCUCAGUCCCCUGGUAGAUGUGAGCCUUGAUAUAUUGCAGAAAUAGGAUAUAUAGCUAUAAUAAUGAUUUAAGUAUCAAACAACCAAUUUUAAAAUGUCAGAUUUUUUCUUUUGAGGUAAAUGAUACAAAUUAAAUUGCAUUAUCUCCUGAAGUAGAGGGAGAGACUUGUCUUAUAAUAUCUUUAAAAUUAAAGAGUGCAAAAAAUCUAUAUGUUGUUUAGGCUAUGAGUCAAGUACAACAGUGUUGAUGUCUUUUUAAACUGGAGUUAUUUAUAAUACCCACAGAGGGUGUGCAAUGUACAGUAUCAAGUUCACAUAAAUAUAUAGAUCAAAGAUGAAAUAAGGUCACUCGAGCCUCAAACUCAAGGUCAAAGAUGGAGCAAGGUCACCACAAUAUAAAUUGAAGUCAAAGAUAAAACAAGGUCCUCAGAACCUAAACCUUUAGGGCAGUGAUGAAACAAGGUCACCACAACCUAAAUAUAUAGGUCAGAGAUGAAACAAGGUCACCACAACCUAAAUAUAUAGGUCAGAGAUGAAACAAGGUCACCACAACCUAAAUCUUUAGGUCAGAGACGAAAAGAUAUCAAAUCUAAAUCCAAGUAAAAGAUAAUACAUGGUCAGUGCAGUCUAAAUCUGGGUCAAUAGAGUAACAAGACACAUCCUUUGAAAACUUUUAGAACAAGUAUGGUUAACAAUUGGUAAAUGUAUUGAGCUAAAUAAAUCAGGAUGUAGAUUUACUUUCCUUUCAGCAUAACAACAUUUAUAGGAUCAAUGUGUUUAUAUACCUGAUAUGUAAUCAUUUAGAAUCAAGUCUUCACCUUAGUACACAUUGUAAUAUGUCAGGAAAAACAAGUAUGAAUUUGAUGAUUAAUCAAAGGCCACAGGUAUCUCACUGAGUGAAAAUAACUUGUCUCUUGUGUGACUGUAUUAUACUUAAUUGACAGUUGGAAGCAGUCAGAGU